UGUGUGUCUGUGUUCGUCUAUGUGUGUUCACUUCUUUUCAUGUUUGCAUGCUUCUGAAUUCCCCUUCUCACGUGUGGUAAAUAGUCUCUGUAGAAACUGCUGUUUUCCUUCAUAUACAAACUAUUCUCUAACAACCUUCUUGACAUAGUUGAUAGUUUUGUCUCAAGGGUGCGUUCCAGCUUCGUCAUCUGUGUCUGAUUCUGUCAGCACCUUAAUUGUUGCAUUUUAAGUCAUGGGAGACCAAACACAAACACUUAAAUGUUUGAUAUCUUUGAAGGGAAGCAUCCUGAGUAUGCAUUAUGUCAGCCAACAUCCCAAUUACCUGACAUGGGAGAGAGACACAUUUCUACAGGUAUAUAAUAAUUAAUUUGUUUAAUACUGGAGGGAAUCUAGGCUACAAUAAAUAUUUCACCAAAUGACAGGGGAGGCAUAGCCUGCACUUGUUCAUCCACCACCACCACAUUGUUUGUGUAUUUUCAUAGAUUGAAAUACUAUGGAGACAGGUAAACUCUUUGAACAGAAUGUAAUGACGUGAUUGGAUAAUUCGUUCUUUGUUGAUUUUGAGUACGUGCAUGGAAACUGAACAGUUACACCUCAAAACAGAGACAAAUACUUUGUGCUCGCAGGAAGCAUUUUUUUCCACAUCAGUUUUCUUUGAUUGACUCUUCUCUUCAUGGGAACCGUCCUGUUGCACUUAAUGCUGUAACCAUGCAAUGUCUUGUGUUUGGAAGGAGUCCUAACGAAACAGCAUACCUGCUGAAGCAAGCUACCACGCAAAAAAAAAGCAACACGAAACUCCCAGUACGAUCAGAAUGUGUAUGGAACGUCUGUGUUUUAGGGGACAUCUCUCACACACAGUACAGGCCUCUUUGAUCUGCCACCAAUGUGUGAUGGUGUGAGAGUUGUUCACACCCAAGCCUGCCACCGGAUCCCAUUAGCCUCCCUGUGGCAGCCCUCUACGGCCCCACAAGCCCCCUGGCUAAUGACUGGCAAGACACAUCCUGCACAAAUGGAGGCCACUUUGAAAAAAAAAAGAAGGUGGUCAGGGAAUGCUGUUGUCAAAUACAUCAAUGGUGUUUGCAUGUGGCUUGUGUUUUGGGGGGGCUUUUUCCAGUUAUAUUGGGUUAGAUCAGAUUGUGUGUAUUAACCACACAACCAAGUAUGGUCUUCAUUCGUUUUGGGGGGGUGGGAGUGUCACGUGUUAAGCUUGAGGAUGUAAACAGGAAGGCUCUUUGCCCACCAAAGCACAUACUCAAAGUAUGUCACACAAUAUAUUUACACAGUGCCACCUUUAUUUACUCUCCUAUGCAAACAGCCAUCUGUUUUUUUACUCUUAGACUGGCACGCAUACAAAGUUAGAGGAGGGAGUGCCCUGGGGGCUAGCCAACGUUCUUGCUCGUUCAGACAAUAUUUCUGACUACCCAGUACAAGACUCAUAUGGUCUCCUCAACACAACCACUGGCCCCAGCAUGUGGGUCUCUGCGACAGAACUGAUAUUGGGAUUCCUCUGUCAAAACGUAACCCCGUUCUGUCCUCCUACAGUGGAAUGAGCUGCCAAAGUGGUCUUGCAGUUUAGUGGCGGUGUAACAUAGCAGAACAACAUGGUGGAGAGAGAUCAGAGUGAUAGACACAGUAGGGUUUGUCAUAUAUAUAAACAUGUCCAAUACUCCUAUUUAUCAAUGUGUUCCUAAUCUGGAGGGGGAGGGGGAGGGGGGGUGCUAUGAAGUCUGAAGGCGCUGAUGGAAAUGCUAAAACUUGCACUCCAAUACAUUCUCACAAGCCAAUAACACCAGCCGUCACAGCAGAGCAGCAAGGUUCUGGGGAAACAUCUGUCCAAGAGCAGGCCGUCAGCGGAGAGGGCCCCCUGAGCUAGGCUGGCCCGUUCUUUUGAACUGCAGAGCCGAGCUCGCUGCUCUUAUUGGAAUGGCAUGUUGCUGCUAUUCUGGAGGGGGAACCUCUGGUAGCCCUUUGAAGUCGGCCAGUGUGUCCAAGGUUGUGGAUUCUCUCCACCGUUUCCCAUUUCUGCUUUAGUGGGAUUCUGAAGCACAGGGCACGGGCACACAAACAGCAGCUUUACAUGUUCGCGACAGGUGUUCAGCAUAGAGGUAGAUGGAGCGUACAGAUUUAUGUGUGUGACAGCUUUUUAAGAGGGAAUCAAAAUGAGAUUGGACAGCUCUUUAGAACUCACAGCUCCAUGUGUGAUCAGGGUCAUGUUUGGUUGACAUAGUGUUAUGAGUAGCUAUUAAACUGUAAAAAAAAUAAAACAUUAUAAUUCCUAGCAGUUGCCCUUGAAUUGAAAUUACUACCAAUAGAACCAUCUCUUUAAACAAUUAAAGGUAUUAAAGCCAGGUUAAUUCACUUAUUGUAAAGGACAACGUUUUGUGCUUUUCACAUUAUGUGUUAAAACCUCUGACUGCUUAUGGCAAUUUAAGGGUCAUACAAACGUAAUUCAGUUCUUGUAAAUGUUCCUAUAUUGUGGGUUAUCACUUAUCACUGUAACACUUGCUGAAUCUUUACACUAUAGAGUAACACUGUUCUGUCACAAAGACAACCCAAAUAAAACACUAAAACCGAGAUUAACGGAGAGAAUGACCAUUUGUGAGAGCACUCUGCACUAGGCAGGAGCUUUAAAAGCCUCCCACCGUGUGAGGCUAUAACUUGACGCUGUGCAUAAGUCCUUUGAAGUCAGCAAUAAACAAACCCCUCUGAGGUGACUGACAACAUUUGUCUGUGUAUGGAUGACGUGCUACGGUUCGGACCCAGCCUGAGAAUCAACAAAUAGAAAUAGAACAUCUCUCUGAAGGACGUUAUGAUUCAUGAAACCAUUGCGUGAAAUGACAAACGUUCAAAUAGACAUUUCAAUAAUAUUUUGAUGUAAGUUAUUGUAACGCAUCUGGUGGAGAUGAACCCCCUGCUCUGACUUCACACAUAAUCGGUCAAGCCACGAACCAUAGACAUUGUAAAUCGCGUGUGCCCACUCCUGUCCCGCCACUCCUUUGCCGCUUGUGGGUAAGUAGUUUAAGUACCCUGCGCUGGCUUGGGCGGGAUCAGAAGGGUUAAAUAUAGGGGGAGGGGGAGAUGACAGCAAACCAACAGAGCGGUAUAUAAAAACACUUCGGGCGCACUCAAAGCAGGCACUGAGUUUGUGUUGGAGAGCACUCGUAUGUCCAAGCAAAGAGGAGCGUACUUCGUGAAACGGGGGAAGAGUGAGACGCUCCUGACAGCAUGUACCUGAAUUUCUGACAAGAAGUUUUGCGCAAAAUACAAUAGCACCGUUGUGUGCCCUGAGCUCAGUCUCCAAGAGGUAGCGAUUUAAAAAUAUAUAUAUAUCAUAGAGAAUGGAAUUAUAACUUGGUUAAGGUAACAACUCGUUCUUAAUACCUACGCUUGAGUGUUGGGCAAAAAGGAAUUGUUAGGACAACGGACAUGCUUGAUAAGCGCAGUAUUCGGUGCAAAGGGGCCAAAUUAAGGAGCGAGAGAUGAAAGAGAGAAUUUCAUUUGUCAGGGUGAGGUGAUGCAGAAGUCUGCCAUUCCUUUCGUUUGCCUGAUUGUGAGGCAAUUCACCUGAACUCCAGCGAGGAGCGAAAAGAGCAACUUCAGAAGGCUACUUUGAGAUCCUUGCGUUCUACACACAGGAGACUCAAUAACUCCUCGUGCAAACUAAUAUUUGCAGUGACGUGUUAUUUGUAGUGGGCAACUUUUUUAUUGAGAUGGGAAAUAUCAGCACUUCUUGAGCUGUGGCCAUACAUUAGACCCUUUACCUGGGCACCACCACAGAACUUUUCAUGAAUUCGUAUUUCGGAGCCAUUGUCUGACAAAUACACUGGUUUCAUUUUAAGGAAUACGAUCAAUCUCCCGGGGGACUUGUCCCUGCGUUUCAUCCCUGCAUCUAUAUUUUUCUUCUUUUUUCCUCUGAAAAUUGAUAUUUCUGAUCCCGACGUGGCUCCGCAGUGGUGUUGCGGCUCCUCGUCCGCGGCGGAUCCCGAGAUCGGAGGUUCUGCAGCGGGAGGAGGCGGCGGUGGAGCCCCUGCCACACCGCAGGGUCCAAAAACCGGUCGCGUGAAAAGGAUGAUUCGGUUGGCGGCAGAAUUGUUGCUACUGCUGGGGCUGUUGCUACUAACUUUACACAUCACAGUACUACGGAGCAGUCCUCUUCAACAAGGGAACGCAACUUUGAGUCAGGAGCAGCAGGGGCUGGACACACAGAACGACCUCAAUGCGGAGAGCAGCUCUUCAUCUCAGCAAGUCCCUGGGGACUGGCGGACAGGCACAGAGCACAGAGUGCCCCACCGGCCGGGGUCCCAACCCUGGGUCCAGAGCCAGGGGACUGGGAGCACACUGCAGAGGGACGGGCCAGGGGCCUUCCUGUUGGACCUUCACCACCUCCCUGACCUCUCAAAGGCCGACAUAAAUGGACAAAACCCCAACAUACAGGUGACCAUUGAAGUAGUGGAUGGACAGGAGGGGGCUGAGCCUGAAAAGGGGCUUCGCAAAGAGAAGAAACCAGGCUGGGCGACGCCCAACUGGAGGAAUUGGUGGCGGUCCUCUUCCUCGUCGUCCUCACCCUCCUCUUCCUCCGUUUCUUCUCCUUCGUCGGCCUCAACGGUGCAGAGGCCAGAGGAGCAAGAUUAUUCCUAUGAGGGCAACACUGAUGACAGCAACUUCCUUAAGCCACUGGGAGACUGGGAGCGCAGAGGAGGAGCAAGUAGGCCAAACACUGAAUAUGACUAUAUGGACGGAGAAGGUGAUUGGAGCAACUGGUCGUCAUGCAGCGUCACCUGUGGCAACGGUAACCAGAAGCGCACCAGGUCAUGUGGAUAUGCCUGCACCGCUACAGAGUCCCGCACCUGUGACAUGCCCAGCUGCCCAGGGAUUGAAGAUGCUUUUAAGACAGCAGCCACUGAGGUCAGUCUGCUUGCUGGAACCGAUGAGUUCAAUGCCACAGAACUCUUUGGUGUCGACACAGACAGCUGUGAGCGCUGGAUGAACUGCAAGAGCGAAUUCCUGAAAAAGUACAUGACCAAGGUGGCCAACGACCUGCCCAGCUGCCCCUGCGCCUAUCCCACAGAGGUGGCCUACAGCACAGCGGACGUCCAUGACCCGGCCAGGCGGCGGGACUUCCGCUGGAAGGACGCCAGCGGCCCCAAAGAGAAGCUGGAGAUCUACAAGCCCACGGCACGCUACUGCAUCCGCUCCAUGCUCACGCUGGAGUCCACCACGCUGGCUGCCCAGCACUGUUGCUACGACGACGCCAUGAAGCUCAUAACCCGCGGCAAGGGCGCCGGCACGCCCAACCUCAUCAGCAUCGAGUUCUCCGCAGACCUGCACUACAAAGUGGACAUCCUGCCGUGGAUCAUCUGCAAAGGUGACUGGAGCCGCUACAACAACGCCCGGCCACCCAACAACGGCCAGAAGUGCACUGAGAACCCCCAGGACGAGGACUACUACAAACAGUUCGAAGAGGCCAGGGAGUUCUAAGCUGCGAAAAAUAAGCAGAGAGAGGAGAGAAGCGAGAGGAGCUGUGCUUAUUUGGGUCAGCGUGUACACACACACAUACACACACACGCAGGGAUGGAACCACUUUCUUUUCUCUCGUAUGGUGGGGAGUCAGGCGGUGGAGGGGCGUCCAUAGCUGAAACACGAGGAGUGCAGCUGUUUGCCCAGGACUGUCUCUUUUAUUAGCCGACGAGACAAGCAGUGGAGGCAUCAGCGUCUCUCUAUCCACCUUCUAGAAAAGCAGGCUUCACCUGGCCUUGUUGGCCAACUAAAUGCUUAUUCAAUGCAUUAGCAGGUUGUGGUGGGCAGGAUAAAAAGUAAUUUGGUCUUAUAACACUGCUUCAUUGUGUUCGAUUUUAGUCAUAAAGAACGUACAUUGCAAUUUUGUAGUUUUAUUUGACCAUGUUAGAUGCAAGAAAAAGGGAAAGAGCUGUUGAUUUUGUGUAAAAAGGGAAAUGAUUUCUCAUGGAUUUUCUGAAAAGAAUCUAUAUCUUUGCCCCAGUUUAUCGUUUACAAAAAAGGAGGCAACGCCGGCUUCAAUCAUAAGUUGGAAAAUGGCAGACGUUAUCUGGCAGCUUCUGGGUUGCUCUGACCUGCCCCUGGUUCAUCUGUGUAAAUGUUCAAAGAGUCAUAUGCAACCUCCACAUGAGGCACAGGAGACAACUCUCCUCUGCUCACCAAAAAGGUGCUGGUUCCCACACCUUAACAUCCCCCAUGAAAGUUAACACAUUUGUUUAGUAAGCAUGUACUACAUUUUGCAAAUAAUCCACAGUCAUAUUGCCCCCUCCCCCCCUUUGUAUUUUUAUUUGGUUAAAAGCAUUACUCUUGAUGUAAAAAAGUGUUAUUUUUGUAAAGUAUUUAUUAAGUUGUAACUAUGUGCCAUUGCUGGAUGCCCAUGAUUGUGGAACAUAUAAAAUGUGUGCAUAUGGUUAUAUGGCGAAAUUUUGAGAUAAGAAUGUUGAAAUAAAAGGUGACAUCACCUAAAAUCUCA